AUGUCGAGCGCUGUCAUAGCCACGGUGGCCUACGUCCCGCCCGGCGCACGCACGACCGCGGCCGCCGCCGCCACGACGACGGCCAAAGCCUCGCUCAGCUUUGCGUCGCAGGCCGGCCCCAAGACGGGCGCAGGAACGGCCACGUCGUCGGCCCUCGUCGCCGACGCGACCGGCGGCGUCGACUCGUCGUCGCUCCUCCAGUACUUCACGCGGCCCUACAUCGACGCGCACACGUUGUCCAAGCCGACGUGGCGCUACGCCUACAUCCUGUGGUUUGCCAUCAUGGGCAUCCUCGCCCUGUGGUCGCUCGCGUACCACCUGUCGGGCUCGUCGACGCGCACGGGCGGCAGCGCGCUCGGCGCCUGGUUCCGCAAGUGGUCGAUCCGGCGCAUCACGUGGACCCGGCGCGUCGGCGCGGGCGGUGCGGCGGCCGAGAAGGGCGAGGCGGCAAAGGGCCCGGGCAGGAAAAAGGUCGUGUGGGCGAGCCCGACCGUCGCCCAGAUGAUCGCGGUCGCGACCCUCAUCGUCGUCGCCAUCCUCGCCAGCUUCCUCGGCGACGACUACAUCAAGCCCACGGCGUGCACGUUCGGCGGCGAGUGCGGCUUCUCCGGCAGCAGCGGGCCGCCAAAGUCGAACUACCGCUUCAAGCGCGGCGUCAACAACCCGAACGGCUGGGCUCCUUUCAACGACCCGCUCCUCGCGGCGUCGAACGUCAACAUCAAGGCCAAUGCGUGGACCGCCGCAGCACGUCUCGGCCUCAUCUCGUACGCCAUGCUGCCGCUCGUCGUCACGCUCGCCCUCAAGCAGUGGCCGUUCAACAUCUGGGCGACGCCGUUCUUGACCAACUACCACUUCGACAAGACGGCCAUCCUUCAUCGCUGGUCCGGUCGCGUCGUCUGGCUCUUCUCGACUGGGCACGCCAUCGGGUGGAUGUGGCAGCUCACGCAAGAUCGCGACCCGUUCGGCCGCAUGGUCCUCGUUCCCGCAUUCGGGUGGUACCGCUUCGUGUGCGGCGUCGUCUGCUGGUUCCUUCUUACGUUCCUCACGGCCCUGUCGUUCAAGCCGCUCCGCAAGAGGUUCUACGAGAUGUUCUACUGGUCGCACAUCGUCCUCGUCAUCGGCGUCCUCGUGACCGCCAUCGUCCACCACCAACCGCUCAUGUAUUGGCCGAUCGCCGCCCUGGCGUGGUGGGGCGCCGAGCGCGCCUUCCGCUUCGCCGCCCUCCUGUACCUGAACGGCAUCCUCGAGGGCAUCUGGUUCCGGCCCUCGCGCAACUCGACCCGCACUCGGUCGAGCAACGGCGGCAGCUUUGCCGAGAAGAGCGGCGAUUAUGCCCUCGAGCAGCCGUUCGCCAUCCCGAGCGCGGCCGCCGACUCGACGCAGUACCCGCCGUCGGGCUUCGCCUCGCCCCAGCUCGCCGCGCCCUAUGCCCCGUCGGUCGCCCCCUCUUCGCCGACGCUCUACGCCCACCCGGCAUCGCCCGAGCGCCAGCAACGCCUCGCCCCGCCCGGCUUCGCGACCGCGCAGCUCCUGCCGGGCCGCACGGUCCGCCUGUCGCUCCACGUCCCGCACGCCCUGCGAUGGGCGCCCGGCCAGCACGUCCUCCUGUACGUCCCGGGCGUCCGUGCGCUCGAGAGCCACCCGUACACGAUCGCCGGCGUGGACCCGCGAGCGAGCUCGGCGGCCUCGAAGGGCAAGAAGGCCAAGGGCAGCGAGGUCGUCCUCCUCGUCCGCGCGCAGAAGGGCUUCUCGCGCGCGCUGUGGGACCACGUCGCGGCGCAGCGUCGGCGGGCGCAGCACGAGCACGAGGCGACGACGCUCCGGGCGCUCGUCAGCUGGCCCAUGGGCUCGGCAGGCAGGGCUAACUGGGGCGCGUUCGAGAGCCUCAUGAUCGUGUGCGGCGGAACGGGCAUCUCGUUCGGCAUCUCGGUCCUCGAGAACGCGUGCACGCGACUCGUCGAGGCGCAGAGGGCCGGCGACAAGCGGUGGAGGGGGACCAGGGUCCGGUUCGUGUGGAUCAUGCGCGAGUACGCCCACCUGUCCUGGGUCGCCUCGACCCUGCGCCGCUGCAUCGAGAUGUGCGACUCGGCCCAGCUCCAGGUCGACCUGUUCGUCACGCACGACGCGCCCAAGGCGCCUCGUCGUCCUCGCACGUCGCACAAGCCGUACUCGUCGGUGCCCGACGACGAGCUCGCGCCGCCGUCGGCGCCGUUCGCCCGUGGCGAGCGCUCGGGCCCACGCGGUCGCGGCAGCAUCGCGAGCGAGCUCAGCGACUGGAGCGACAGCGACGCCGAGGGCGGUACCCCGUCGUCGUCGCCCUGUGCGUCGUUCGCUCGUCGCCCGAGCCAGCCGGCCCUCCCGGACGAGUACGACGGCGAGAUCGAGUCGGUCACCGACCUCGUCCUGUUCGACGGCGAGGACGACUACCGCUCGCCGGGCGAGGCCAACGUCUCGGCCGAGCUCAAGAAGCAGGGCAAGCUCCGUCGCGCCUUGUCCCGUCGCGGGCAGGGUGGGACGCUCCGCCGCCCGCAGCGAGCCGGCGGCGACACGCCCGAGUACGCCUUCCCGGCGACGUCGGCGGCGCCGGUCGUCCUCCCGCACGACCCGAGCUUCGAGGCGCUCCCGCUCGACCACCGCGAGGCCGACUCGAAGCCGGCGCCGUCCUCGUCGUCGCCGUACGGCGACUACGCUCGUCCGCCGUCGGCCCUCUCGUACGGCGACCUCGGUCAGGGCCGUCGCGCCGACUCGUUCGACUACGGCUCGACGUACGGCUUCGACGACGAGGCGCAGACGCUCGGCGGCGGCGACGCCGGCGCCAGCCGUCACAACCUCGUCAAGGCGGCUCAGCGCCCGGGCGUGUCGGCCUCGAGCCGGCGCAGCAGCCACGUCGGCGCGCUCGACGGGCUUGACGGCGCAGGUGCUCGUACAGGUGCCUCGCCGUCGACGGCUCGCGACGACCUCGAGGGCGGCCUGCUCGACGUGACGCCGCAGGAGCAGGACGACCUCGAGGCGGUCGCCGAGCUGGCCAAGACGGGCUACCCGCGCCUCAAGGCCAUCCUCGACGACGAGGUCGAGCGCUCGACGGGCAAGACGUGCGUCGCGUGCUGCGGGCCGUCCAGCCUCAACUCGAUCGUCCGCAACCUCGUCGCGAGCAGGAUCGACCUGAAGAGGGUCGCCAAGGGCGACCCGAGGGGCCAGGUCUCGCUCGUCGUCGAGGACUUCUCGAGCUGAAUGGGCUUUCGAUGGACCAGGAGCAGGACACGAGGAGGACGAGCCAGAACGAGAACGAGGACGAGGACGAUGUGCAUUUUCUCGUCAUGUUGCAGAUCUCGUAGCUUUCCCUUACACAGACACUCGCAUUCUCACGUACACCUCUCUCUCUUG